AUGAAGGAUAUUAUUGUAAAAAACCAUAUUGCCAGGUUCGGAGUACCAGUUGCUAGUCAAGCGCUCAAAUACUGCAAACGCGGAAAACGCAUUCGUGCCGGUUGGCAAAAUGCUGUCGGUCGUACUACUCCCAGCAAGAUGACUGUAUCUACCUUUCGAAAGGAAUUUCGUACCUCAUGUGUCUUGUGUCUUCAAGAGUCCUGGCUCAAUGAUGAUGUGGACGAUUCCGAGAUCCAAUUGGAUAAUUCCGUCUCCUAA